AUGUUUCAUCAAAGCAAGCUGUUGUAUUUAACAAAAAAUGCUACUCCAUUCCAGAGAUCACUUGAUGAGCGAUCUCCAGCUGCUCAGUAUGUAGACCUGUUGCUGAACCCAGAGCGUUACACCGGCUAUAAAGGGUCCUCUGCGUGGAGAGUGUGGAACAGCAUCUACGAGGAAAACUGUUUCAAGCCUCGAUCUGUUUAUCGUCCUUUAAAUCCUCUGGCACCUAGCCGAGGAGAAGAUGAUGGAGAAUCAUUCUACACGUGGCUGGAAGGUUUGUGCCUGGAGAAGAGAGUCUUCUAUAAGCUUAUAUCUGGACUUCAUGCUAGUAUCAAUUUACAUCUGUGUGCAAAUUAUCUUUUGGAAGAAACCUGGGGUAAACCUAGCUGGGGACCUAAUAUGAAGGAAUUUAAACGCCGCUUUGACCCUGUGGAAACUAAGGGAGAAGGUCCAAGAAGGCUUAAGAAUCUAUACUUCUUAUACUUAAUUGAGCUUCGCGCUUUAUCAAAGGUGGCCCCGUAUUUUGAGCGCUCAAUUGUUGAUCUUUACACUGGAAAUGUAGAAGAAGAUGCUGACACAAAAACGCUUCUACUGAAUAUCUUCCAAGAUACAAAGUCCUUUCCCAUGCACUUUGACGAGAAAUCCAUGUUUGCAGGUGACAAAAAGGGGGCCAAGUCAUUAAAGGAGGAAUUCCGCUUACAUUUCAAGAAUAUCUCCCGUAUAAUGGACUGCGUUGGAUGCGACAAAUGCAGAUUAUGGGGAAAAUUGCAGACUCAGGGUUUAGGAACUGCCCUGAAGAUACUAUUCUCUGAAAAAGAAAUCCAAAAGCUUCCAGAAAACAGCCCAUCUAAAGGCUUCCAACUCACUCGACAGGAAAUAGUUGCUCUUUUAAAUGCUUUUGGAAGGCUUUCUACAAGUAUAAGAGAGUUACAGAAUUUCAAAGUCUUGUUGCAACACAGUAGGUAAUAAAGGCUUUUCUAUGUCUAAUUAGAGACAUCAUCUGACUGUGUGAAGCCUGUUGGUCUUGGACAUUGAGCAGAAGGAGACUAAUCUUCAAAGACUUGAAGAAGGAAUUCUGAACUCUUAAAGAGAAAAUUCAAAUGUUCACUUGAAUAUUUAUGAUUUUUAAUAGAUUGUCAAUUAGAGAUAUUUAUAAAUGAAGUAUAUACUUUUAAAACAUGUAAGUUAUCCUAAUUCUGUGUUUAAUUUCAUGUUUCCAUCUGUUGAAUAUUCUGCUAUUCUGUUUGUUUAGAAUUGUUUUUUUCUUAUUCUGUUCUUUAUUUCCAGUUGUCGGAUUUAAAUGACCCUCCUAAUAAACACUGUUAGCAGUCUGUUAUGGAAAAGGAGAGCUAGAGAACAAAUGUUGCUUCGGAUUAGGACCAGUGAUAAAAAUUUCUCAGUGA